GACGCGAAUCCCUGGCCGUGGCCGCGGGGGCCCGCGGAGGGCGGCGCGCGGCUGAUGAAACCAGCUCGGAUCCCGCCCGCGCGCGCCAUCCCCUCCGCCAGCAGGUGUGAGCGGUUCUUCACCCGCGGUCCCCACCCAGCUCAGCAUCCCGUCGCCUCCUCGCUCCUCCGAGCCUAAAACUACCACAGACUCUGCUGUGACGUGUUGUCGCCCAGGCUCCAGUCAUCCUCAGAGAAAAGGUCCGAGUAUCUUACUCCAGGGUUUGCUCAGCACCAUGGGUUGUAAAAACCUGCUCGGCCUGGGUCAGCAGAUGCUGCGUCGCAAGGUGGUGGACUGCAGUCGGGAGGAGAGCCGGCUGUCCCGCUGCCUCAACACCUUUGACCUGAUAGCCCUUGGGGUGGGCAGCACCUUGGGUGCUGGUGUCUACGUCCUGGCUGGUGCAGUGGCCCGUGAGGACGCCGGUCCCGCCAUCGUCAUCUCCUUCCUCAUCGCUGCCCUGGCCUCGGUGCUGGCUGGCCUGUGCUACGGCGAGUUCGGAGCCCGUGUCCCCAAGACAGGCUCCGCCUACCUCUACAGCUACGUGACGGUCGGGGAGCUCUGGGCCUUCAUCACCGGCUGGAACCUGAUUCUCUCCUACAUCAUUGGUACUUCAAGUGUGGCAAGAGCCUGGAGUGCAACUUUUGACGAGCUGAUAGGCAAACCCAUUGGAGAGUUCUCACGUAAUCACAUGGCCCUGAAUGCCCCUGGUGUGCUGGCCCAAAACCCUGACAUAUUAGCUGUGAUUAUAAUUCUCAUCUUAACAGGAUUGCUAACUCUCGGUGUGAAGGAAUCAGCCAUGGUCAACAAGAUAUUCACCUGCAUUAACGUUCUGGUCCUGUGCUUCAUCAUCGUGUCAGGAUUCGUGAAAGGGUCCAUCAAAAACUGGCAGCUCACGGAGGAAGACUUCUUGAAUAGAUCUAGCCCUCUCUGUGGGAACAAUGACACAAACAUAAAGUACGGGAAGGGCGGGUUCAUGCCCUUUGGAUUCGCUGGCGUCCUGUCAGGGGCAGCGACCUGCUUUUAUGCCUUCGUGGGCUUUGACUGCAUCGCCACCACAGGUGAAGAAGUCAAGAACCCCCAGAAGGCCAUUCCCGUGGGCAUCGUGGCGUCCCUCCUCAUUUGCUUCGUAGCUUACUUCGGGGUGUCCGCAGCCCUCACGCUCAUGAUGCCUUACUCCUGCUUGGACAUCGACAGCCCACUGCCUGGGGCCUUCAAGUACAGUGACUGGGAAGGAGCUAAGUACGCAGUGGCCAUCGUAGUGGCUAUCGGCUCGCUCUGUGCACUUUCUGCCAGUCUCCUGGGCUCCAUGUUUCCCAUGCCCCGAGUUAUCUACGCCAUGGCUGAAGAUGGACUGCUGUUUAAAUAUUUGGCCAGAGUCAACGAGAGGACCAAAACACCAGUAAUUGCUACGCUGACCUCAGGCGCCAUUGCUGCUGUGAUGGCCUUCCUCUUUGAAUUGAAGGACCUGGUAGACCUCAUGUCCAUUGGCACUCUCCUGGCCUACUCUUUGGUGGCUGCCUGUGUGUUGGUCUUAAGGUACCAGCCAGAACAACCUAACCUGGUAUACCAGAUGGCCAGAACCACCGAUGAGUUAGAUCAGGUAGACCAGAACGAGCUGGUCAGUGCCAGUGAUUCCCAGACAGGAUUUUUGCCGGUAGCCGAGAAGUUUUCUCUGAAAACUGUACUCUCACCCAAGAAUAUGGAGCCAUCCAAAUUCUCAGGGCUGAUUGUGAAUGUGUCAGCCAGCCUCCUAGCCGUUCUUAUCAUCAUCGUGUGCAUUGUGGCUGUGCUUGCAAGAGAGCCUCUGGCUGAAGGGACGCUGUGGGCAGUCUUCCUCAUGACAGGGUCAGUCCUCCUCUGCAUGCUGGUGACAGGCAUCAUCUGGAGGCAGCCUGAGAGCAAGACCAAGCUCUCAUUUAAGGUACCCUUUGUCCCCAUACUUCCUGUCUUGAGCAUCUUUGUGAACGUCUAUCUCAUGAUGCAGCUGGAUCAGGGCACAUGGGUCCGAUUUGCAGUGUGGAUGCUGAUAGGCUUCAUCAUCUACUUCGGUUACGGGCUGUGGCACAGUGAGGAGGCAGCCCUGGCUGCUGGCCAGGCAAGGACUCCUGACAGCAACUUGGACCAGUGCAAAUGACGUGAAGCCUCACCCACCAAAGGGGCAGCGGUUGAGGGGUGCCCACAGAGGCCUGGGACCUUCACACUCUCUCCACCCAUGCCACAGGAUCCGCUCACAUCCCUGAUGUCACCAAAGGUGCUGUGAGCUUGACUGCAGCCUCAGCCACAGCUGACAUAGCCUGGCCAGACAGCCCUGCAGCCAGCUCUUGAGGUCCUGGUCAAUUCUGGACAGCUCCUUGGUCUCAUUUCCCUCUGCAAGCUGGGCCCUUUGCUACUGCAGCCCCCGCAGAAGGAAGGCCCCCUUCUCCCCUUACUUGGGAAGCAGGCCUCCCUUCCCGGUACCACCCUGGUAUUGCUGACGUACACACUCCAGAUCCUUAGCGAGCAUCUACCUUGUCAGCCCAGUCAGGACAGCCUCCUGACACAAGAUGCAAGACUAGCCCUAUGAGACGGCAUGUCCCCAGCAGUGCUGCCCAACUACCGAUCAACUGCAGAAUACCUAAAGAGGAGAAACUGGUCUCAGCUUACUACUUCCGGCCUGGGGUCCACACACCCUUUCCCAGCCUCUGUGACACUGUGACCGACCCCAGCAUGGCAUCGGCCAGUCAUCUUGAGUACAGAAGAUGGGAGGUCCCUAGAGGGAUCAGUGGUGUCAAGGUUGGAAGGCCAACUCUGCUCGCACGGACCAGGGGACAUUUCUAGUCCCUUCCAGGCAGGCCUGCAUGGGCUUCUGCUGCUCUUGGCAUCUGCCCUCACAGUCCUGAGUCAUGGAACUUGAGGUCGUAUUAUUAGGAUUGAGUCAGGCUCUUGGGUCUUCUAAGGUUCUUCAGACAGGUGUUGGCUCAGUGUGGGGCUGGGAUGCUUUUCUGGCCACUGAUGUGAUCCGUGUGGCCUCUUACAUAUGAGGAGUGCUGUGGAGCCCUCCCAUUGCUUGCUGUGAAUCACUCCACCAGAUUAAGUUGGGGCUUAAUGUUACCUUGGAAAAAAGCCAAAUAAUUGCGGAGUGCCAUCAGCUUUGUGGCUCACUGUGUGAGGUCUGCACAUGACAUGGCUUAGUUUCCUACUGCUGUUCUUGUAGUCUGUCUUUCUAGUGCUGUGGUGCCUUUGCCUGCUGGUGGUGAGCUUUCCAUAUGCUCCCUGUGUAUGCCUGCAUUUCCCCUUGCCCGUGCCCCUCCGCUCUCUGGGUGGGGCAUUAGGGCCUACAUUCUUGUCCUUACUCUGUGUAGACAAACCAAGGAUGAUGAGAUUGCUGGUGAAUUCUCAUUCUAGAACCAUUCAGAGCCAGCCCCCUCCCCUGAUGUUGGGGUGGGGAAGGCCAGUGUCUUAGACUAAUGGAGAUGACAAUGUUUUGACCUAGCUUUCUUUCCUGUCUGGCCCUUGACACAGUCUGGUGGAAACAGGCUGGGUAACUGAUGGCACGGUCUUUCCCGCUGUUCUAGAAGGUUCUUGAAAAUACAAGAUAGCAUGUAGCAAGGGGGCUUGACUAGCAUAUUCGGGGCAUCAGGUUCCAUCCCCAGAACUACAGAAAAUUAGAGAAUCAGUGAAACAGCCUGAAGGCUAGGUCAGCUAGUAGAGGGCAUCUGGGCGGGCAAUCCAGGCCUCUGUGCCAGGUCCUGACCACUUUCUAGGUGCUUUGCCUCACAGGCCGUCUGAGAAUAUUCCAAAGGGAGUAUUGUAAGACCCUAAAGGUUGAGUUUCCAAAGAAAGGUAUUUAAAUUUAUGUAGAUUGGUGCUGUAAAAUAUUUUGAUAACUAUUAACUUAUUUUGUGCAGGUCUUGAUUAUCUGUUAUCUUCUUAGAGCCUGUUAAAUAUUUGUCUGAUUUUUUUCCUUGUUAUUUUUUUGCAUAGACAAAGGUGAAGGGAAUGCCCAGUGAGGUAUUGGGAGAAUUUUUUUAACUUUAUUUUCUUUCUUUGUUUUCUUUUUUGGGAUAAGG